AGACCAAGAGGAAAAUACAGAAGAAGAAAAACAGCUGAACGAGGAAACAACUGAUAAAGAAAUAAAACACGUUGAAGAGUCAGAUUCAUCAUCAUCUUCAUCACUCGGCUCCACUGAAACACUGAGUCAUGAUGGAGUGAGACCAGAGAACGAGAGAAAAGAGGGAGAGAACGACUCUGGCAGACAGAACAGUGAGGACGUUUGUCUCACAUCACCGGACAUGGACAAAGACUCUGAGGAGGUUUUACUGAGCAGCUCCGAUGCUUUGACUCAAUCUGCAGAGACGAGUCUUCAUCCUGUCGACGCUCGACUGAGAGAAACGGCAGAGACGUCACCUGAACCACUCACAGAUCGACCGACUUCAGGCUUGAAGCUGGAGAACAAAGGGACUGGGAUGGACGCAGCUGCUCAGUCGUCCGUGGAAACCGGACGGGAAAGCACCAAGCUCGGUCCGAACCAGAACCCGGCGAUGGAAGCGAAGGAGGGCGAAGGGGCCAAAGAGGAAGGAGGUCAGAACUCCCCGGACAUGAACGGAGAGGCGGACGACAAGAAGAGCGGCAGCCGUCAGUCAUCGAAGUACAAAACUGUGUCGUACAGGAGGAUCCGCAGAGGAAACACCAAACAGAGGAUCGACGAGUUUGAGUCCAUGAUGAACUUCUGAUCGUCUCAAGCAUUUAAAGCCAAGUUUCUUUUUAUAAUCCUGUACGUUUGAAUGAUGAUUGAACGAAUAGAGAACGAGAACCCAGGAUAGAGCCUUGUGGUACUCCAUUUUUAAUUAUAUGUUAUUAGUCCUCUAUAAUAAAUACAAUGAUACACUUAUUAUAGAAGAAACUGACACGUGUGUAGUUGAUUUAUAUGUUUUCUUUUUGUUGUAAACUUCCCAGUUACUAUUGUUAUAUUUAUAGUCAUAUUUAAUGAUAUUAAACCAGCUUACAAAGCAUCAUACAGAA